GUCCGUCUGGCAGCGUGCCCUCGCCCCCCCCCCCCCCCCCUCUGCCGCUGGACUCAUUCACCUGUGACAAAAAGUGACGCAACAGGCAGCGAGCAGAAAUGCAGGAAGAUAAGCCAAGCACCGACUGCUCCCUGUGCCUGCUCCGUUUCGACGCAGGCCCUCGCUCUCCAAGAUCCAUGCCCUGUUCCCACGCCCUCUGCGUCUCCUGCAUCCUACAACUCCUAAAUCCUGGUUUUACGCAGGAGGUGGCACUGGAGGAAUGCAUCAUCCCCGGUGGAAGGACUAUAUUUUGUCCCCAAUGCCAGAUGGAAGUUGGCACGGAUGCCCUACAAACGGAUAGGAACGUUCUGGCUCAGCUAGACGCCGCUUCCCCCAACCUGGAGAACCUCUCGCUGACUGAGCCGACGGGGGCACCUGUAGGCUGGGCAGUACCGCCGCCUGAGGGAAAUACCAUACCUCCUGGCACUGCAGACGAAACGAUAGCCUUCCAACAGCACUUAGACAGCCUGGAUCGACAGCAUGAGCAGACAGCUGACGCGGCAACGGUAGGGUGGGUUGGCUUGGACAAGAGAGCCAUGGAAGUGUCUCAGAAUUCUUCCCAGCCACGGCCCCUAGAAGCCUGGUCGGGUGCCGGUGCUGCCCUCGCUACCGGAAUGGCCCUUGGGAUGCCCGCUACUGCUGCAGGAGGCGUCGUGGAAGGAGAGGGAGAGGUUCACGUGCCCUCCUCCUCCUCCCCGUCAGCUGAUCCCGUGCCUCCUGCGUCUGUCUGUGAGCCUCUUUUGAGGAAAGUCGAAGUCGUGGUAGAGGAAAAGCAUCCUAUCUCUCGUCGCUCGUCCACUUCUUCUUCCUCUUCUUCUUCCGAUUCCUCUUCUUCGUCUUCUUCUUCCUCUUCGUCGUCUUCGUCGUCUUCUUCAUCCUCUUCCUCUUCAUCUUCGUCCUCCUCCUACUCAUCUUCUUCUUCCUCUUCGUCCUCUCAUUGAAGUGUAGCUGUAAUAAGAACACCAUUGUUAUAUCCAUAUAUAUUUGUUUUCCUGAAAGUAAAUCAUGAACUAUUGAGAACAAAUAUUUUUUUUUUUUUUUUUUUUUUUUUUUUUUUUAAGAAAUAAAACUAUACAUGCAUUCAUCAUAUGUUUAAGAUAUGCCUUGCCAGUUGAAUUUGUCCUUAAAACCCGACGACAAUAACCUUCAUUUCUAGUCACACUCAAGACCAGGAAAAAGAUUUAGAAUACGGAGCUGUAAGUAAGCAAGAUAUUAAGUCAUUAUCACCUCAUGGACAGAAAACACUUGAUUUCAUUUCCGGAGAAAAAUAAAGUAAAACAUCCAAAGAAUAGCAGACCUUACAAAGAAAAUUAAUUGCAAGAAAUACGUAGCCUGUUUUAAAGGCCUACUUGUCCUCCGGGUAUUCACGUGGAACACCUUUGAGGACAAAUUCAGUCGCCUAACGACAGGAAAGGGAAUGGUAUAGGCAUAAAGGAAUACCUAAGUAAGUCAUGAAGUGAACUGACAUGACUGAUUUCCAUGAGAGGCAGGCAUGUCAAGAAAACAUUUCAGGUUUUAUGUAGGCUAAUAUAUGUAGAGAGAUUGUAUAACCAUGUUAUGUUAAUCUUUAAAAGUAUUAAGGCAUUUACAAAAUAAAGUGGAAAUAAA